AGACCCGCUAUAAACCCGGCUCAAUUGCCGGCUGCUCCCCCCAAGCAUGGGCUUCCUCCUCCUCCGCCGGCUGCUGCUCCAGGGCCAGCAAGAGAGGAGAGUGGGCUGCAAGGCAAUCCUUCCUGAGCUUCUGGGCCGGACCUACAGCUCCGACUCUACUCGGUUCCAGGAGCGUACACUCAUUGCCGUGAAGCCAGACGGAGUUCAGAGGAGGCUGCUGGGAGAUGUGAUCAAAUGCUUUGAGAGACGCGGCUUCAAGCUUGUAGGCCUCAAGUUACUCCAGGCAAAUGAAGGGAUCCUGGCGCAGCACUACCAGCACUUGCAAAAGAAGCCGUUCUACCAGGAGUUGGUCCAGUACAUGACCUCGGGACCCGUGGUUGCCAUGGUUUGGGAAGGGCACGAGGUGGUCAAGGCCUCCCGGGCCAUGGUGGGAGAGACCAACCCGGCCGAAGCCAGGCCCGGGACCCUCCGGGGAGACUUCAGCGUCCACGUCAGCAGGAACGUGGUCCAUGCCAGCGAUUCGGUGGAGACGGCCCAGCGGGAGAUCGGCCUCUGGUUCCAAAGCGAUGAGCUGGUGAACUGGGAGUGUUGGGAUCACAAACUCUUGUACGAGCCCUGACCGCGUGCGUGGCCGUGCGGACGCAACGUUGACUACCUCGGUUUUGCCUUUUACGCAUCACGUCUUCCAUCCGCCCUCUUGUCACCUGAUUGAACACGGCUUGGAAAUCUGACGGCUGUGAUAGAAAUCCAUGUGGAGUCUGGGUCUGAACAUUAAAAACAGAUCAGUGCAAUCCUG